ACCACGCCCAAGGCCCCAUCAAACUCCUCCCAGAGGCCCCCUCCGGUCCUAUUUCCUCCCUCGCGGGUGGAGACUCUGUAGAGAGGAGUUUCUCGGCCCAGAGCGGUCUGCGGCGUGUCUAAGGCAUCUUCGGGUUAGCUGAUCUCCGCACCGCCUCGGCCUGCAUCUUGCUUUCUGCACCUCCAGCAUGUCGUUCAGCUUGAGUGAGUGGCUGUGGCAGGAUACAUACUGGUUACCACCCAAUGUCACAUGGGCAGAGCUGGAGGACCGUGAUGGCCUGGUGUUCGCCCACCCUCACCACGUGCUUGCUGCCUUGCCAGUGGCUCUGGUCCUGGUGGCUGUGCGAAUCGUCUUUGAGAGAUUUGUGGCCUUGCCCCUGAGCCGGUGGAUGGGUGUGCAGGAUCCAAUCAGAAGAAAGAUAAAGCCCAACCCGGUGCUGGAGAAACACUUCCUCAGGAUGAAGCAGUAUCCAGAGGAGACACAGAUGGUCCUCCUGGCUUCCCAGUGUGGCCUCACGCUUCGGCAGACUCAACGCUGGUUCAGGAGACGUCGGAACCAGGAUCGGCCUUCCUUAUCCAAGAAAUUCUGUGAAGCCUGCUGGAGGUUUGUCUUCUAUCUGUGUUCCUUCGUGGGUGGCACCUCCAUCCUCUACCAUGAAUCAUGGUUGUGGACGCCAUCAUUGUGCUGGGAGAAUUACCCACGUCAGACCCUGAAUUUGUCCCUGUACUGGUGGUACCUCCUGGAGCUGGGCUUCUACCUUUCACUGCUGAUCACUUUGCCCUUUGACGUCAAACGCAAGGACUUCAAGGAGCAGGUGGUGCACCACUUUGUGACCGUGGGACUGAUAGGCUUCUCCUACAGCGUCAACUUGCUCCGCAUUGGCACUGUGGUACUGUUGUUGCAUGACUGCUCCGACUACCUGCUGGAGGGUUGUAAGAUUCUCAACUAUGCCCACUUUAGGCGAGGGUGCGAUGCUCUCUUCAUCAUGUUCGCCUUAGUCUUCUUCUACACGCGCCUCAUAUUCUUCCCCACCCAGGUCAUCUACACGUCUGUGUAUGACUCCAUCAAGAACUCGGGCCCCUUCUUUGGCUACUACUUCUUUAUUGUGCUCUUGGUGAUGCUACAGAUUCUUCAUGUGUACUGGUUCUUCCUCAUCCUGCGCAUGCUCUACAGUUUCCUGCAUAAGGGUCAGAUGAGAGAGGACAUUCGUAGUGAUGUGGAAGAACCAGACUCCAGUGAUGACGAGCCAGUUUCUGAAGGUCCACAGCUGAAGAAUGGGAUGGCUCGAGGGUCUAGAUCUGCUGUUACCAAUGGGCCGCGGAGCCGGGCAGCAGCAUGCCUGACCAAUGGGCACACCCGGGCCACAUAGACAACCUUGGACUGAUGUUGAGGGGUUGCUGCCAGCAUUGUGAAUAUUCGGAUGCUGGGCUGGUGAUUCUGGGAGACAGGGAGGCCCUACCUCAAGGUAGGAAGAAGACUGAUGAUCUGUUUCCCUUCUGUUCCUCUCCCUUUAUCCUUUUGAGCAGCUUGACAGAACCUGGGCGAGCAGUGGAAUCUGCAUCUGGCCCAAGCCAACCCCAGGCUGUACCUUGGGGCCUGGUGGGGAGCUUUGGCUCCAAGGACCAAUAAAACGUCAACAGCGAUGAA